CGCUAAGGCGAUCAGUCCAUACACCCCGGCAGGAAACCUUGACCAUCUGAUGAUAAACAAACUAGGCAGGCAGUUUGUAUGUUUAGCUACUGACCACUGCGUGAAUGAUCUCCGUCCAGUGUUCGGGAAGUUGGUGCUUAAUUCAAGCGUAAUAUAAUACUACAUCUGGGCUCUUCACGGAAACAGGAAGGCUUGAUUUUUACUGCUUUUGUCCAGAAUGUGAAAGUUGAGGAUGGCCAGCUCCGCCGUUACUCCAGCAUGGCUUGUUAUCCUUCUUGUCGGCGUUUAUCCUUACAACGUCUACAAAGAGGCGCCAGUGUACGUAGCGGGGCCCAGGAGGGGCAAUUAUUCUUCAUUGAAAUAUAACAGAACCAAAAUAGAUAUACGAAAAAUUAGACAACAACGUUUUCAUACGCCGACACAGAGAGACAUCGAACGGAACGUUUCAAUUGAAUGGGACUAUACAGAUUUCAGUCUUCAGUUUAAAAAUAUUGGUGGUCCAGCCUUCAAACUCAGGAGAGCUCCUCGUGCCACACACGGGGAGCCAUGGCCUUUACCACAGACCUACCGGACAAACAAAGAACAAGUGUACCGAAUUGAUCCGCACUCAUUCAAUAUCAAGGUGGAGAAUUAUUCGUGUGUUAUUUUAGAGAAAGCUAUCCAACGUUACAAAGAUUCCGUAUUUAAAUUCGCUUCCGAAGAAAAUUAUGACAAUUUGAAAUAUUUGAAAAAUGGUGGAUUUGAUAAAGACAUUCUAAAUUUGAGAAAAAUUCACGAAGAUGCCACGCCCAUUACGUGGAUGUCAGUGGUGCUUAAAGAAACCUGCUCAAGUCAAAUGCACGAGUCUUCCAACGAAACUUAUUCGCUAUUGGUUAAGCCGUUUGGGAUCUUCUUGAGAGCUAUCGAUGUGUGGGGCGCCUUGAGGGGACUCGAGACCUUCAGCCAGAUAGUAUAUAAACGGCAGAAUCAG